UUACGACCACGUAGCUUUACACGUUUUUCUCGUAUGUGAUGGUUCGAUAAUCGUCGACGUUUGUGUCCCACCGAACUCUGACUCGACUCGAUCGAUAAGUUCUCUGACUGGACCCAUUUCGCGCGGCCGCGACGACCACAGUUUGAGUCACAAAACCGAUAACGGUCGAACAUCUUCAGCUCCACAUUUAUUUCCGAUCUCACGUUGUUCGAGGCUAAACGACAUUAGCGUUUUUAUAAUUCUAAUAACGGUCAUGGGGACUUAGAGACGGUGUCCCAUGGAGACUUGUGUUUAUAGAAACCAAACUGUAAACUGACUCUCUUCACAUUCAAACACCUGCACAUGAUGAUGGACUCCAUGAAUGAAUCUAACUCAAUAAACCAACUGCAGGAGGAAAUUCGCACUUUAACGGAUGAGAACGCACAGCUGCGUGACCGAAAUGAAGCGUUGUUCAGUAAGCUCGGCUCGGUACAAAACAAACUUGGUCAGCAGGCUGCUUCAAAGAGUGAUCUGUCUGUCAAACUGGUCCAGUGUGAAGAAGAAAAGCUAAAGAUCUCAAAAGAUCUGGUUGAUGUGCGGAUUGAAUCCAAUAAAAUGAGAGAGCAGUUUGAAGGGGAGAUAUUUGAGUUUAAAAACAUGGUUUUGUCACUGGAAGGCACGAUCUCAGCUCUUCAGACGGAGCGAGAUCGUGUCGGGCGGGAAGUGUCAGCGACAUCAGCACGUUUAGAAGUGAUGGAGAGAACUGAACGUGACCUGGCAGAAGAACUUGCGGUGUUAAAGAGCAAGUUCCGGUCGUUGAGCACCGCUUAUGAAAGAGAGCAUGCACACUUUGAAGAGCUCAGCGAAGAGCUGCUCUCCCUCGCUCAAAUGCACGACACCCUCCUGCAGGAGAGAGAGAGAACACACAGACACACGCUAGAGGUGGAGAAGGUUCGAGCACUCCUCAGCAGGGCGUCCCAGAACAGAAUCAGACCUGAGGAGUUUGAACAGAACAAUGACCCACUGAUGAGAAACCAGGACGUGCACAACAUCAUGAAAGUCGAGCUAGAAAAGCUUAAGAAAAGUUAUGAAGAGCAACAACGACAACUAGAAGAUAAAGUUGUUGCUUUGGGAAAGGAGCAGCAAGAAAAUAAAAAAGCCAUUCAAUAUACUCGACACAAACUCACCGAGCAGUCUGCUACCUUGAUGAUUUCUCAACACCAGCUGAAGGAAUCAGAGGCAGAGCUCUCUAAAGUACAGAACCAUCUGAAGGCACUCAACCGAGAAUACAGAGCUCGACUCGCACGCUACAUACAGGACGUAACAGAGUGUGUGACCGCAGUAGGUGUUGGGGAUACAGGACACAAGUUGAAGGGGUUUGUUGAGUCAAUGCUGGAGGAGAUGAAAGCAUCAUAUCGCUCCAGAGAGGAACAGCUCACCAGAGCGGUCCGAACAUCUCGUAAACGCAUACUGAGUCUAAACAACACGUAUCAGAGGCUUCUCAUCGCUUACAGGGAGCAACGUGAGCAGAUCUUGGCACUGCCGGUUCACGCUUUAGAUGCCGGACCCCCAGAGGCCCACUUCAGUCCAGCGGGUUCCGAGCUGAGAGGAGAGACAGAGAGAGAAUUACAGAGACUGAGAGAUGACAAAGCUCGACUGGAGAGCCAACUCAGACAGGCUCAAGAACAGUUGGCGGUGUUGUCAGAGUCUCAGAGAUCAGGACUGACCCAAGAGGCCUGGAAUGAUAUUAAAAAACAGCUCACAGAAAUGACAAACACCACACAGGAUGCUCAAGAGCGAGAGCGCGCCCAGCUCAUCACCAGGUCGACUGUUGCCGAGGAGCAGUUGUCUGAGUUGAAGGAGUAUGUGGACAACCACCUGGGCAGGUACAAGCUGGAGAUAACGCUUCUGCGUAGACGUCUGGGAUCAAACAGCGCAGGAGUCUGUAAGCCCCUCCCUCUCCAUUAAUCAAUCAAAAACAGAAGUUAUGAGAUAUAGUGCAAUGUGUUACAUAAGCCCCGCCCCUUUGCAAAUCAAAACGAUAACAUAUUAUAAAAUAUUAUAUUAACAAAUAUAUGAUAAAUCAAUACAAUUUAUCCGAUGAUACCUAAUAAACAGACAAUAUGUUAGAUCAUGUAAAUGUCUUAAGGUUGAUUUUGUUCUUCACUUUGGGGGACAGGUCAUAAAGUCUUUUCUUU